CUUUCACGGAUCAGAUUAGUGCUGGAUAUACUCGGAGAAGAAACACAAAUGGAGCUCAACAACUGCGGCUUCGUGGACCCGCAGGCCCAGCUGGGCGCCGCCCUGGCCCAGAAGGACAUCCGCCAGUUCCUCGCCGCCCUGGACAACGGAGCCCAGGCCGAUCUGCAGGACGACCGCCACACGAGCGUCUACGAGAAGGCGCUCUCCACGCCGGGCUGCGCGGACUUCAUAGAGGCCUGCAUCGCCCACGGCAGCCAGGUGAACCAUAUCAACCAGAAGCUGAACAAGGCCGCCGUCAGCUUCGCCGCCGACUCCAGGGACCCCGGCAACCUGGCGGCGCUCCUGAAACUCCGGCCGGGGAAGAAGGUGCAGGUGGACAGGAAGUACGGCCAGCUGACGCCCCUCAAUGCGCUGGCCAAGAACCUCACCGAGGAGAACGCGCCCGCCGUGCUGGCCUGCGCGCAGCUGCUCCUCCAGCACGGCGCCUCCCCGAACAGCGUCGACCAGGGCGAGUUCACGCCCCUGCACCACGUGCUGCGCAAGAGCAAGGUGCGGGUGGGCAAGCUGGAGCUGGUGCAGCUCUUUCUCGACCAGCCGGAGCUGGACAUCGACAGCUACCGCAACGGCGAGGUGCGCCGCCUGCUGCAGCAGCAGUUCCCGGAGCUCCGGCUGCCGGAGGAGCGCCGGGCGGGGCCGGAGCUCGACUGCCAGACCCUCCAGCGCACCCUGCGCGACGGGGACGAGGCCCUGUUCGAGCAGCAGUUCGCCCAGUUCCUGCAGAGCCACGAGGGCUCGCCGGACAACCAGGCCAACGCGCACCAGGAGGAGCUCUUCGGCCUGCUCCAGGAGAGCGUCAAGCGGGGCAGGCAGCGGGCCUUCGCCGCCAUCCUGGCCAGCGGCGUCGACGUCAACGGCAUGGGCGGUGGCAGGGGCAGGGGUAGGGCGAACGAGGCCAGCCUGGUGGAGCAGGCCGUGAUUGUGGGCAACUGGCAGGCCCUGGAGCGACUGCUGGAGGAGCCGAGCCUGCGGCUGACCGCCGACGCGCGACUGCUGAACGCGGUGGUGGGGCACCUGGAGGAGCCGCCCUUCGAGGGGUUCGACCACCAGCGCUGCUUCGAGCUGCUCCUGCACAGCGACCGCGUGGACGUCAACGAGGCGGACGCGGGGCGGCAGGUGCCGCUCGCCUACGCGGUGAAGUACCGCAACACGGCGGCGAUGCAGAAGCUGCUGCGGCAGGGAGCCUACAUCGGCUCGAGGAGCGCCUUCGGAACGCUGCCCAUCAAGGACAUGCCGCCGGAGGUGCUCGAGGAGCACUUCGACUCCUGCAUCACCACGAACGGCGAGAAGCCGGGCGAGCUUAACUUCGAGAUCAUCAUGGACUACAAGAACCUGAUGCGCCAGCGGGGCAAGGAGCCCGCCGAGUGCCACCAGCUGCACGACGAGAUGGCCCCCAUCGCCUUCAUCGCCGAGUCGAAGGAGAUGCGCCACCUGCUGCAGCACCCGCUGAUCUCCAGCUUCCUGUUCCUCAAGUGGCACCGCCUGUCCAAGAUCUUCUACCUGAACUUCCUGAUCUACUCGCUCUUCACCGCCUCCAUCAUCGCCCACAUACUGCUCAAGUUCCACGAGAGCGACCAGCGGGCCCUCACCGCCCUCUCCGGCAUCUUCUCCUGGAUGGGGAUCGCCUACCUGGUCGUAAGGGAGGCCCUCCAGCUGCUGAUGGCCCCGCUGCGGUACUUCGAGUCCAUCACCAACGUGAUGGAGUUGGUGCUGAUCCUGCUGUCGAUUCUAACCUGCAUCGAGGCCAACUACGACCGGGAGACGCAGCGCGUCCUGGCCGUGCUCACCAUCCUGCUGGUCGCCCUGGAGUUCUGCCUGCUGGUGGGCUCCCUGCCGGUGCUGUCCAUCUCGACGCACAUGCUCAUGCUGCGCGCGGUCUCCAACACCUUCGUGAAGAGCUUCGCCCUCUACUCGAUCUUCGUGCUGACCUUCAGCCUGUGCUUCUACAUCCUCUUCGGCAAGCAGGCGGCGCAGGAUCCCGCGAAGCAGGGAGAGGGAGAGGCAGGGGGCGACGGGGACGGGGACUUCAAUACCUUCACCAAGCCCAUCGAGGCCCUGAUCAAGACGAUCGUGAUGCUGACGGGCGAGUUCGACGCCGGGGACAUCAAGUUCACGAGCAUCUACACCUACCUGAUCUUCCUGCUCUUCGUGCUCUUCAUGACGAUCGUGCUGUUCAACCUGCUGAACGGCCUGGCCGUGAGCGACACCCAGGUGAUCAAGGCGCGGGCGGAGCUGAACGGCGCCAUCUGCCGCACCAACGUGCUGAGCCGCUACGAGCAGGUGCUGUCCAGCCGCGGACGAGCCGGCUUUCUGAUGGGCAGCCACUGCCUGCGGGUCGUCUGCCAGCGGCUGGUGAACAUCUACCCCAACUACCUGGGCCUGCGCCAGAUCUCCGUGCUGCCGAACGACGGCAACAAGGUGCUCAUCCCCACCAGCGAUCCCCUGGAGAUGCAGACCCUGAAGGGCGGCGAGAAGACGGGCUUCCAGCAGCUGCCCAUGAGUGCGGCCGCACCCCAGAAGAAGCUGCUCGACCCGCCGCUGCGGCUGCUGCCCUGCUGCUGCCCCAUGCUCUCCGGGAAGUGCGCCCAGAUGAACGGCGAGACGGUCAAGCUGGCCCUGGCGGUAAUCGACCAGAAGAACAGCGCCGAGCAGAGGCGCCGGCAGGAGCACAUCCACGACAGCCGGCUGAAGGUGAUCGAGCACAAGCUGGAGCAGUUGGUGCAGCUGCUCCAGGAGCGGAACUGAUCCUAGAGCCUGGAGCCAAGAAAGGUCCUCCUCGAACUGCAAUAGUAUUUAUUAGACUAACCCCCUGCCGGGAUCGCAUCGCAUUUAACUUUGAGCUUAAAGAGCCGAGUUAGUCGGAAAUUGUUUUUAUUAACAUACGAGUAAUGAAAUUGAACAAAACCCUUAAUAAUUGUCAGUAAGUAAGUAGUAUAUAAUGGUUAUAUAGACAGUAAAUAUUGUAUAAACGAAUAUCUUUACUGUACCAUUUGUACCCGAGUAAAUAUUUAAUUUCAAAUGUUA